GCAAAUCACUCUCGUCAUUUCCGGCACGCCCUGUCUCUGUCCAUUUCUCGCUCUCCCGUGGCCGCUUUCCAUUGUCUAUCUUGAGCCAAAUUGAGAAGUGGUGAGCAGAAGCCCAAAGCAGGCCAGGUCCAGCCGGAGGCCGAAUGCAGAGUUGAGGCAGGUCCAGGUCACUGGGGGCUGGUUGGGGAGCAGAGAGAGAAGGGGCGGAGCGUUUGCCUGAGAGCGAAUCGGAGUGCUCCAGAAAGACGCAUGUGCAGAGGCGGAGGCGGAGGCGGAGCUGAUUAAAAUUCAGCCUUAGACACAACCUUUCCACAUGACGCUACUUCUAGCUACCCCUUCUCUGGCUUCUGUGGCCUCUGUUCUACGCAGGAGGUGGGAGCCCUGAGGAGAAGGGGAUGGCCUCUGUGCCUCUGCCAACCGGGCCUUGCCAGCACCACAUUUUAAGAAACACAGAGAUUGGAUGAAGAGAAGAAAGUGACUCCCUUAGUGGAAUCAGUGACAUUCCAGGAUGUAGCUGUGGAAUUCACCUGGGAGGAGUGGAGAUAUUUGAACCCAUCUCAGAAGAAGUUGUACAAGGAUGUGAUGCUAGAGAACUAUCAGAGUUUGAUCUCUUUGGGAUUUGAAGUUUCCAAGCCAGAUGUGAUCCACCAACUGGAAAGAAAGGAAACAUCUUGGAUGCCAGAAGCAGAUGUUUCACAAAGCAGUUAUUCAGGGAUGAAAGAAUUUACUGGUGAGAAACCUUAUGAAUGUAGUGAAUGUGGAAAUGUCUUCAGCAGUAGGACACAGCUUACUGUGCAUCAGAGAAUUCAUACUAGAAAAUUUCUUUAUGAAUGUAAGGAGUGCGGGAAGGCUUGUCAUUGUAACUCAGAACUUAUUCGACAUCAAAGAAUUCAUACUGGAGAAAAACCUUAUGAAUGUACAGUAUGUGGGAAGGCCUUCAGUAUGAAUGGAAAUCUUAUUGUGCAUCAGAGAAUUCAUACCGGAGAGAAACCUUUUGAAUGUAGUGAAUGUGGAAAGUCCUUUAGACAGAGAACACACCUUUAUGUCCAUCAGACAGUUCAUACUCAAGAGAUUUCUCAUGAAUGUAGUGAAUGUGGGAAGGCCUUCAUGAGGAAGACACAGCUUGCUGUGCAUCAGAGAAUUCAUACUGGAGGGAGACCUUAUGGAUGUAGUGUUUGUGGGAAGGAUUUCUUCUGCAGCUCAGAUCUUAUUAAACAUCAGAAAAUUCAUAUCAUAGAGAAAUCUUAUGAAUGUAGUGAAUGUGGGAAGGUCUUCAGGAGUAAGAUACAACUUACAGUGCACCAGAGAAUUCAUCCUGGAAAGAGUCUUUAUGAAUGUAAGGAAUGUGGGAAGGAGUUCCAUUGCAACUCAAAUCUUAUCAAACACCAAAGAAUUCAUACUGAAGAGAAACCUUAUCAAUGUAAUGAUUGUGGAAAGGCCUUUAGGAGGAAAGCACAUCUUACCUUGCAUCAGAGAAUUCAUACUGGGGACAUUCUCUAUGGAUGUCAGGAGUGUGAGAAGACUUUCCUCUAUAUCUCAGAUCUCACUCGACAUCAGCGAAUUCAUACUGAAGAGAAGCCUUAUGAAUGUGCUGUAUGUGUGAAGGCCUUCAGAAGUAAGACACAACUUAGUGUGCAUCAAAGAAUUCAUACUGGAGAGAAACCUUAUGAAUGUACUGAAUGUGGGAAGUUCUUUAGACAGAGGUCACACCUUUAUAUCCAUCAGAGAAUUCAUACUGUAGAUAUUCUUUAUGAAUGUAAGGAGUGUGGGAAAGCUUUCCCCUACAACUCAGAUCUUAUCCAACAUCAAAAAGUUCAUACUGGAGAGAAACCUCAUGAAUGUACUGUAUGUACAAAAGCCUUCAGGAGUAAGACACAACUUACUGUGCAUCAGAGAAUUCAUACGGGAGAGAAACCUUAUGAAUGCACUGAAUGUGGGAAGUUCUUUAGACAAAGGACACACCUUUAUAUCCAUCAGAGAAUUCAUACUGGAGAGAUUCUGUAUGAAUGUAAGGAUUAUGAGAAGGCUUUCCCCUACAAAUUGGAACUGAUUCAACAUUAAAAAAAUUCAUACUAGAGAACAACUUUAUGGAUGUAAUAUAUGUAGGAAGGCCUUUAGGAGGAAGGCACAUCUUAUUGUAUGUCAGAGAAUUCAUAUUGGAAAGAUUCUUCAUGAUUGUUUUGUGUGUCAAAGCUUUCCCUAUGAUGAAGAUCUUAUUCAACAUCAAAAAAUUCAUAUUGGAGAGAAACCUUUUGAAUGUACCAUAUAAGGAAAGAUCUUCCACAUGAAUGGAGAAUUUAACAUCAAAACAUUCAUACUGGAGAGAGACCUUAUGAAUGUAAUAAAUGUGGGAAGACCUUCAGACUGAAGACACAAAUUUCUCAGCAUCAAAGAAUUCAUUCUGGAAAAAACCUUUAUGAGUGUAAUGCAUGUGAGAAGGCUUUUAGACUGAGGACACACAUUUAUAUCCAUCAGAGAAUUCACAAUUUGAGAGGUUCUUUAUUAAUGAAAACAACACUGAGAUACUACUUCAUUCUUAUCAGAUUGGCUAACAUGACAGAAAAGGAAAAUCACAUUCUGAAGGGGAUGUGGGUGAAAUAGGGACAUUUAUGCACUGUUGGUAGAGUUCUGUAGUGGUUCAGCUGUUCUGGAGAACCAAUUGAAACUAAACCCAAAGGGAUAUAAAAUUGUGUAUACUCAGCUAUACUACCAAGAGAUUAAGGAAAAAGACCUACAUGUACUAAAUUUGACCCAGCUAUACUAACAAGAGAUUAAGGAAAAAGACCUACAUGUACUUUAUAUUUAUAGCAAUUUUUUGUGGUGACAAAGAAUCAGAAAUUGAGGGGAUGCCCACUAAUUGGAAAGUGAUGAAAAAAAUUGGUGAUAAUUGUGGUGGACUACUAUUUUGUUAUAAGAAAUUAUACUAGCUAGAUGGCUCAGGAGCUUGAGCACCAGGCCUGGAGUCUGGAAGAUGUAAAUUCAAAUCUGGCCUCAUAUACUUAUGUUGUGUGAUUCUGAGCAAGUCACUUAACUUCAUUUGUUCUAAUGUACUGGAGAAGGUAAUGGCAAAAUCAUUCCUGUGUCUUUGCCAGAAAACCUCAUAACGGAGUCACAGAGUUAAAAAUUACUGGAUGACUAAACAACAACAGAAUAAAUUGUAAGAGGGUUGGUUUCAAAAAAACCUGGAAGGGCCGAUAUGAAUUGAUUCUCAGUGAAGAUGAGCAGAACACAGUAACAGCAUUAUCAUAAUGUGGAACAACUGUGAAAAAUUUGGCUAUGAGAUGAUUAUCUAAGAGAAUUAUAAAGGACUUGUAAUGAAAAGUACUAUCCACCUCUAGAGAGAGGAUUGAUGAAUUCAGUAUAAAUUGAAAUAUAGGGUUUUUUAAAUUUUUCUUUACUUUUCUUACUUUUUAGGGGACAUGGCUAUUCUAGAAACUUGUUUUACAUGAUUUCACAUGUUUAAUUUCUUCCAUCAAUGAGAACUUAUUGACUGUCUGACAUGCAUUAGACAUUUUGCUUGAUGUUAAGGAUGCAAUAACAAAAAUGGAAUUGUCUCUUCUCCCAAAAGAGGUAGGGAAUGAACAUUUAUAUAAUACCUAUUAUCUGCCAAGCUCACAUAUAAUUAAUAUAUUGCUUGCUUUCAUAAUGGGUGUGGAAGGCAAUGGAAGGAGAGGGAAUUUGGACCUCAAAGUUAAAAAAAGAAUGUUAAAAAAAUAAAAUUGUUCCUAAAAAAUUCGGAAUCAUCUAUAACAUAGACCAGAUUAUUGAACUCUGAGUCUUAGGUCUUUCUGCAGCAGGGAGGAAAAAUCUAAGGUUUUUGCUCCAUUCCCUAAACUCCAAUAAUCUGCCCAUCGGUUCUAGCCAGAGGAGUGCAAAGUCCAAUGGGGUUCAAUUUACAGUGGUCCCAAGUUUGGGCUCUAAGUUAAAGGAAGCUUUGGUAAGUUAAUGCAUACAACAUUCAGAAAUUGGCUCUGCAAUGUCUCAACCAGUUCUAGAAGGGAUUCAUUUUAUUUCAAUUGCCAUGAAAGUAGCUGUGAAACAGCUGUCAGACAUCAGAUACACCAAAGCCAUCCACUACAUCCUGGGCCAUCAUCAGUUAUCCUGUUAUUUGCCUUGCCACUGGACUUCAAUGACUCUGACUUUGGAAGACAGAGUGAGGCUGUUGACUUUGUGCUACCCUGCCUCACUUAUCCAAUUAUUGCAGAAGUCAAGACAUCACUUCCUGAGGUCAAUGCUCUUAAAAAAGUUAGGAAACUGAUAACCCUGCACUUGGUUGGGCUGGGAUAUUCUGGGAACAAGUAUUGCAGCAAAUGGAACAAGAGCUUCCAUUGUCCUUGUUGGAAAGUUCUUCCCCAAAGGGAUGCAUUUACUGGAACACCUGGACAAGUCAUUUAACUCCAAUUACCUAUCUCUUGCCCUUCUGUCUUAGAGUUAAUAUAUGAAGAAAGUAAGAGUUUAAAACAAAACAAAACACUUCAGUAGUACUUAAAUAUGGAAGUGUGUUUUGCAUGAUAAUAAGAAUAAAAUUUUUUAAAAGCA